AUUCGAGAACCGGUGUUCAGGAAAAUCUCCUGAAAAUUGAAAAUUUACGCGGUGUUUUCUUAAAAUAAUUUAAAAACAACUUUAAUUUGAAAGAACUUUUAAACUCGGUGUUACAAGAAAAGUUUUAAGUUUAAAUGUGAUUAAGUAAAAAGAAAUGGUUUUGAAACAAUAAUAAAUUGUGUAAUAAAAGAGUCUGUGAAAAUGUUUAAAAUGAUCGUUUUCAUCGUAUUUCUUCAUUUAACUUUGAUAACAUCGUUCCAAGACGAUGGUCGAUAUGGUUUAAACGAUCCCGAUUUUUUACUCCCAAUGGAAAACAUCACCGUACCGAUCGGAAAAGAAGCUACUUUAUCUUGUAUGGUGAAUAAUUUAGGCCGAUAUAAGGUAGCUUGGGUUCGAUCCGAAGACCAAACCGUGCUCAGUCUACAAACAAAAGUCGUCACCCACAACGCUCGAGUUAGUAUUAGCCACGAUAACAUGCAAACGUGGCAACUCAAGAUCAAACAUGUCAAAGAAUCCGACCGGGGAUGUUACAUGUGUCAAAUCAACACGAAUAACAUUAAGAUACAACAAGGAUGUUUGGACGUUUAUGUUUCCCCAGACAUAGUGGAUCAGGAUACAAGCGGAGAUUUAUCCAUUGCAGAAGGAGAUAAUGCAACUUUAUGGUGUAAAGCCACAGGUCAUCCUCUACCGAAAGUAACGUGGCGUAGAGAAGAUGGCCAACCCAUUUUAUUAAGACAACCGAAUAGAGAAUCUAGAAGGGUAGAUACCUUCUCUGGUAAUACAUUAAACUUUUGGCGUUUGGAUAGAAAACAAAUGGGUGCCUACCUGUGCAUAGCGAGCAACGAGGUUCCACCGGCAGUUAGCAAAAGAAUCUCCCUCUCCGUGAACUUUGCACCGACGAUCAGAGUUCCGAACCAGCUGCUAGGGACGCCGUUGAACACGGACGUUCAGUUGGAGUGUUACGUGGAGGCGUACCCAAAUACCAUCAACUACUGGAUCAGGAAUAGGGGCGAGAUGCUGUUGAACGGCAAUAAAUAUGAAAUUCGUGAAGAAAAACAAGAUUACCGAGUAUUUAUGUGGUUAUUAAUAAAAUUUUUUUCGGAAGAGGAUAUAGGAACUUAUAAUUGCAUUUCGACGAAUUCGUUGGGAAAAGCGGAAGGGACGUUACGAUUAUACGAAAUUCGAGUUGAAGAUGAAGCUCAUGACAAUCGAGUUAGUAUAGUUGGGGGUUUAACAGAAUCAACUCGAGGACAAAAACCAUAUCGAUCAUCAUCAUCAGUUAAUUCGCCUCAAUCAAGACUUUUUUGUUGGUUUUUAUUUAAUUUUUUAUACUUUAUAAGGUGACAAAUUAGUUUUUAAGUAAAAUUUGAAUAAAAAAAUCGAUUUUUGUCAAUUUUUUGAUUGUAUAACUGUGAUAAUUUGUUUAAAACUGGGAUUUUGGGGGGAUUCUUACACACGUUCGAUGUUGUUCAAGGCUGUAAAUAUAAGAAAAGAAGUCGUUGUGGAGCCGUUUUUAACACUAACGUAAAACGUGUAAGGUUUUUGUAUAAAAAAAACUGUUUUGAGUUGAGACUGAGCUUAGAUGAGAGAAAUAGUGCCAAAGAAAUGAGUAAGGAAAAAACAAAAAUGCACAAAAAAAAUUAAAAAAAUAAAAAAUAAUAUUAAAAAAAAAUUGUUAAACAAUAAGUGUUGUAUAAAAAUGAAUCAUAUUAGAUUGGUCGCACAUUUUCGAGUUGAAUCAAUAAAUCCGCUGAUCCAAACCGA